AUGGAGGCCAUUAUUCAAGACCAUACACCACUUGCCGAUUAUCUGAAGGACGAAGGCGAAGAACAGUCGUCCUGGAUUACGCCGUCCGUUUCGGAGAACCACGAUGUUUCGCCACCCCCGAGUCCGUCGUUCGCCCCGGUAGGGCGCCCGAUGGUUAAGAAGCGCUUUCGCGCCAACCCGCCAAACCCCUUAUCCCUCAACAUCUCGCGAAACCGAUUGAGUUCGCUACAGCAUUCGUGUUCGAAAGCAGUGGUGUCGACAAUAGACCGGGGCGACAACCUCAAAUUCAUCGAGCAGUUCCGAUACACGAUUGUCGCGUCGCAGCUGCUGAGUGGGCAUUCGAUCGCGGCACAUCCGAAUUAUGAAAAUCGGCCUAAGGAAUCGCCGGACCCUCCGCCAAGCGCAACCGUCCCUACGUCCACGGGGUUGCUUGCCACGGCGGCCGCUGCCUUGGUUGUUGCAUGGGUGGCAAGGUGGAUUUACACGGGAGGCUAUGCGCACUUGACGAAGAAGCGGGUGACCUUUACGGCGUUGAUCUUGCUUGCGGUCGGCGCGGUAUCGCAGGCCUAUUUACGGCAGCAAUGGCUACGGUAUCUGAGGAACCAAGCCCUAGGCGAAGUGACUACGUUCGUUGCCAGGGCUCAAGAUUUUGAUGGCGCCUCCAGCGCUGCCUUGUCUCUCGUUCAGGAGGUCGAGCUCGUCUCUCGGGGUUACAGGAUAAGCGCGCCGCUCCCUCCCAUCAGCCGCAUUGAGGAUAGGUCGCAAACGCGUCGGUGCAGCAGGCUGCGCAAAGCGCUGAAGGUCGGGUUGUCCGACAUGAUUGAGAACUACGUGCAAAUCUCCACGGCCAUCAAAGGGUUCGCCGAGCAGAUUGACUUGGAGAAGUACCAUGACAUCUAUGAUAUCAGUGAUUUCGACAUCUCCGACGCCAUGCGAGGAUUUUCGGAGGAGGAAUUUGAUGAUGCGGAGUCGUUACGAUCUUUGAAGAUUGCCGCAGCUCGUUUCCAUAUAAUCCGGAAGCUUUUUUUGUGUUCUCUCCUGGCCUUUGACGCGGCGGGCGACAACAACGACUAUUUGCGAUGGUCGACGGCGGUGGAAGGACUCAGGACUUUGAACGAAGUAACGUCUCAAAGUUUCGAGAGAGUCCGUCAACUUCUUAGUGAAGAAGAGAAUUUCACCACCCUCGCGGAUACCAAAUCGCCCUUGUCUCCAAACCGAGAGAAACGACGGUCUCAGUUUAUGAAACUGAAUUCCCUAUCGAUGGGCAUCCGAGGACUGCAAGCAAAACUGGCUCUCCUACGAGAAGAGUCGGAGAAGACCCUGAACGAAGCGAAUGACGUCUCGGACUUGGGGUCCAAUCUCAUGGCUCAGUAUGAGUCCAUUGGACAGGACCUGAAGCUGCUGACCCAAGCUUGGGAGGAAGGGAAAGCCGCUCUAGCAUCGGGCAUCGAUCGGAAUGAGAAGAGGCUGUCAUCCAUCAGCACGCUCCUCUCCCCAGCGACAUCAUUGAGCGGACUCACGACUGUGGAUGAAGGCGGAGCGCUGGAAGCCUUCAAAGCCCUGACCGGAGAGUCGCCACCGGCUUCGACGUUCGGCAGCCCAAGGGUAGACUCGGACGAAGCGGAGGUGUUUGAAGCGGUCUCCUUGCCGUCCCGACCACGCAGCCUUCUCACGAGGGAAGAACGAAUCGCCAAGAUGAAGGAGGAGCGAGAUAAGAGAGAAGUGGCUCGGGAACAAAUCGAUGCGAGCCGCGGCAUGCUCCGAGAGCUGGAGACGGUUAUCAACCUGCGGCCGAAGCGGGCCACUAUGCCAGCACCUUCUCGCGUUUCAUUAUGA